AGUCCCUCCACUGCUGACAGGACAGCCGUCUUCCUGAUAUUGGCCACCAGGCAGAUCAGGCCUCCCUCAUCUCCUCAGGCUUGCACAACCAGCGAAAUGACCUGUGGAUGAGGACAGCCACUGCUGUCCGGUAAGUCACCCUUUGCAGAUGUAGGAGAAAUGACCUGCAGGGACUCUCCCCGGGUACCAGUCCAGCUGUUCUCCUCACCCCCGACCCUCCCAGUGAUGGCUCAGUAUAAAUACAGCCACCUCUCUGCAGCAGGCAGGGGCCAGCAGCUCUCCUCCACUGGGGAUCAGCACAAUGAAGCUCUUCACAGGCCUCAUUCUCUGCUCCUUGGUGCUGGGAGUCCAUAGCCAGUGGCUGUCCUUCCUUGGGGAGGCGUAUGAAGGGGCUAAAGACAUGUGGAGAGCCUACUCUGACAUGAGAGAAGCCAACUACAAGGGUGCAGACAAAUACUUCCAUGCCCGCGGAAACUAUGACGCUGCCCAGAGGGGACCAGGGGGUGUCUGGGCUGCUAAAGUGAUCAGUGAUGCCAGAGAAAAUAUUCAGAGACUCACAGACCCUCUGCUUAAGGGUACGACCAGUGGCCAGGGUCGGGAGGACUCGAGGGCCGAUCAGUUUGCCAACGAAUGGGGCCGGAGUGGCAAAGACCCCAACCACUUCAGACCUGCUGGCCUGCCUGACAAGUACUGAGCUGCCUCUAUCUCUGCUCAGGGGAUGGCAAAGUGAGUCCCCAAGUGAGGGACAAUGACCUAGAGAGUUCUCUGUCCUCAGAAGGCAGCAGAUCUAAUAAAUGCUUAAGAGAUGUAAUCCUGA